CUCAGCAGACGAUAAGAGUUCGUGCGAGAGAGAGAGCUUACCAGUAUCCCCUUGCCGCCGAAACCCUAAUCGCCAUUCUCGUUCUUCGCAAUCAUGAUCAUUUCAGAGAAGAAUCGCCGCGAGAUCUCCAAGUACCUCUUCCAAGAGGGAGUUUGCUAUGCCAAGAAGGACUAUAACCUGGCGAAGCAUCCAGAGAUCGAUGUGCCGAACUUGCAGGUGAUAAAGCUAAUGCAGAGCUUCAAGUCGAAGGAGUAUGUGCGCGAGACCUUCGCUUGGAUGCACUACUACUGGUACCUCACCAACGAUGGUAUCGAGUUUUUGAGGACCUACCUCAACCUUCCUUCUGAGAUCGUCCCUGCUACCUUGAAGAAGCAGGCCAAGCCCGCCGGCAGGCCCCUCGGUGGCCCAGGGGGCGACCGCCCUCGUGGCCCUCCUCGUUUCGAUGGAGAGCGCAGGUUCGGUGACCGUGAUGGGUACCGUGGAGGUCCUCGUGGCCCUGGUGGUGACUUUGGUGACAAGGGCGGAGCCCCGGCUGACUACAGGCCUUCUUUCGGGGGUCCUGGUGGAAGACCCGGCUUUGGCCGUGGAGCAGGUGGUUAUGGUGCGGGGCCAACCAGCUCAAAUCAAUCUUGAGGAAAGAGAAAUGUUGUCUAUCUUGCAGGAUUUAAGAGCUGAGAUUUGAAGGACGAUAUAUAGCAUUGCCCUAGGCUUUGUUGAAUAGCAGUUUUGUUUUUCUUGUUACAAUGUCUGAGAUAAUUGUGGGAUUUUAUUAGAUUGUUUAUUCUACUUGCUUUUCUUGAGUUGAACUUAUCUUUUUAAUCAGCAUCCUUUGUAUCCUUGUCAAUUGGGUUGCUUUAUCAAUGUUUCAGUGCUUACUUUGAACUU